AUGCAUCGCACUCUCGCCGCAGUCCACGCGGGACUCUUCCCUGCGACGCUGGGCGGCGACGCUCCCCCGCUCGAUAGCGGUGAGCAGGCCAGAACGAGGCCAAGACGGCCGUUCAAUCUGCGGCUCACCGCGUCGCACAGCUCCUUCUUCGCGCCGUUUUCGCGCACUGCAUCGCCGUCCCUCUCCGCUCCCACCUCGGCGCCCUUCUCCAGUUUGCGGCGUCGUCCGCCUGAGGCGCCGCGGGCUUCCGCGCCGCCGUCGUCUUCUUCUCACUCCUUCUCCGGCGCCUCGAGGCUCGCUGCGUCGCGGCCGCGUUCGCCUUCCUUGUCGGCUGGGGGAGAUUCGCCCGACGCGCCGUGGCACUUGCGACAGUUCAAUCGAAGAGCGGCGCUCGCCUCUCCUUCCGGCGGAUGGCGCGCCUCCUUCAACGUCUUCCCCGCGACCAAGUCACGCUACGCUUUCGCAGACUUCAGCGCAGACGGCGUGACGCUCUGCGACGGGAUCGGCGGUCCGCGGGCCUCUUCGUUCGUUUCUCAGAAUUUCUUCUCUCUGCUGGAGGAGACGCGCAGGACCUCAGGAGACUGUCUCUCCUGUUCACCGAGCUCUUCCGCCGCCACUUCCUGCUGUUCUCCUGCGCCCUCUAGCCACGCCCCUUCACCUUGCAGCUGCACUUCUUCUUCUUCUCCUCUCGCCUCUCCUACUUCUACUUGUUCUUGCUUUGCGGAAGGGAACGCUGCGGCGGGUCGCGAAGGAGGGCGAAUGGCUGCCGCUUCAGGAGAGGCGUCCGACGAGGGCAAGUCGCGGAGCGUCGUUCGCGACUUUUCGACGCUGAACGUGCAUGUGCGAGAGAAGCACCACGCAUCGCUCAUCCGCGAGCUGGACAGACACUUUUACGCCCUCGAGGACGCCUUCGCGAGUCACAGCCGCGGAGACGCACGUCUGGCGCGUGAAGGCAGCAGCGUCUGUUCAGCCUUCCUCGGCUCGCCGCUCGGCCUUUUGGUCUGCACGCUGGGCGACGUCGGCGCAGUGCUGGUCGUUCGCGAGGGCGAGACGGCGCGGCGAAACGCGCAACGAAGAGAACAAGAGCGAUGUGCGCCAGUGGAGCCGGCUGCCGAAGCGAAGGACAAGCCCCGCGCCGGCGCGCCGGCCGGCGCGUUGAAGAAAGAAAUUAGAAUUCGCCAGUGGACGCCCACGCGCGGAUUCAUCAGCGCGGAAGAAGGCGACGAGGAGAGACUCAGAAAGGCCCGCGAGACGAAACGGGCCUCAGAAGACAAGCAGCCAACCCUCCCCGCAUCUCCCACCUCGCCCUCUUCUUCUUCAUCUCCCUCGGCUACCUCGUUUUCAUCUUCUUUAUCCUCAUCAUCUUCUCGAAAGGAUGACUUUUGCCUGCCGCUGGUCGCCUGGCGCCUCGCAGAUCCGCACAACACCGAAAAUGGCCUCGUAGACGAGCACUUCCUUCUGAAGGGUUUCACACAGGCGACGCGCGCCAUCGGCGCCCUGCAUCUCAAGAAUCACGCAGUCAACGCGCAGCUGCCGAGCGAGCUGCGCGCCAAGCACGUGGCGCGCAGAGACGCACCGUACCUCUCCUCUCGGCCGGACUACACCUUGCAACCCUUCCACGCCGACGUCGGAGGCGUCAUCCUGGGUUCCUCUGGCUUCUGGCAGCUCCUCUCCCCCGAGGAGGCCGCGGCGCUUCUCGAUAUCUUCCUCACCUGUCAGCACGCAGCGGCGGCUCAGGGAAAAGAGGCAACCCACGUGUCUUCCGCAGACGGCCAAGCUGAAGACGACGCUGCGACCUUUCUGCUGCGUGCCGCUCUGACGGAGCUCUUCUGCAGACACAAGCGUUCGCUGCGAAGCAGCAACCUCACCCAGCGCGCGAUGGAGGCCGCAGGCCUGCCUCACUGGGACUCCACGCGGGACUUGGUGUUGGAGCGACAGGCGAUACUAGGCGACCGCGCGGCGCAGCUGGAAAUGAUAAAGCAGCUCGAAGUCCUUCACAGACAGCGACCCGACGACCACAGGCGGGAUUUCCUCCGCGCGCGGAGGCGCGGCUUGAUCAACAGCGAUGUGGCGGUCUGCGUCGUCCUGCGGGACUCUGCGUAUCCGCCCGCCGCUGGCGAGGCUGGCGAAAACUGA